AUGCUUCGUCGUAAUUUCUUCCGUUUGGCUGGCCUCGACAAGGUGAUGUCCCUCGAAAAGGCCGUUGCCGACAUUCCAGACAAUGUUGAGAUCGCUUUUGGUGGUUUCGGCUGCGCAGGUGUCCCUUACGCGCUUAUCAAGGAGCUGAAGAAGCGCGGUGUGAAGGGCAUCACGGCCUACACCGACUCCGCAGGUAUCGAGGGCUGGGGGCUUUCGAUGCUGAUGGAGCAGAAUCAGCUCAAACGCAUUUGCUGCUCCUACGUCGGUGUGAACAAAUUCUUCAGCAAGCGCUACCUCGACGGGGAUCUCGAGCUCGAAUUCGUACCCCAGGGUACCUUGGCGGAGCGCAUGCGAUCUGGUGGUGCAGGCAUCCCUGCUUUCUACACCGCCACAGCCUACGGGACGCAAUGCCAAACCGGUGGCCAGAUCGUCAAGUAUGACAAGAGUGGCAACCCUUGCAUGAUCUCUGAGCCGAAGGAAACCCGCUGCUUUGACGGCCGCUGGUACGUCAUGGAGCGGACGAUCCGCCCGCACUACGCGUUCAUCCGUGCACACAAGGCCGAUCGCGCAGGCAACCUCAUCUUCCGUGCGAUGUCGCGGAACUUCAACGUUCCUGCCGCGUAUUGCGGUAAGUGCGUCAUUGCUGAGGUGGAGCAUCUGGUGGAGAAUGGCGAGAUCGACCCGGAUGAAGUGCAUCUCCCUCGCGUCUACGUGCACCGCGUCGUGCAGGCCCCGAAGUACGAGAUCCCGAUCGAGCAGCGCACCGUCUUCGGUGAGGCCCUGAAGGCCAGUGGGAACAGCGCUCGCCAGCUCAUCGCUCGCCGCGCCGCUCUCGAGUUCGAAGAUGGCAUGCACGUCAACCUGGGCAUUGGGAUCCCGACGGAGGCCGCCAACUACAUCCCCCCCGGUGUGAGCGUUUCUCUGCAGUCCGAAAACGGCCUCAUCGGCAUGGGCCCCUUCCCGACCGAGGAUAAGGUCGACCCAGAGUGGAUCAACGCGGGCAAACAGACGAUCACGUACCUCCCGGGUGCGGCCUGCUUCGACAGCGCGACCUCCUUUGCGCAGAUCCGUGGUGGCCACAUCCAGCUCUCCAUGCUUGGCGCCCUCGAGGUGGCGGCGAAUGGGGAUCUCGCCAACUGGUGCAUCCCCGGCAAGCUCAUUAAGGGGCCUGGCGGUGCGAUGGAUCUGGUGAGCAGCGGCUCCCGUGUCGUCGUUACCAUGACGCACACCAACAAGGAUGGCGAGCCGAAGAUUCUGGAGCGGUGCCGACUCCCCGUCACCGGGAUCGGCUGUGUAAGCCGAAUCAUCACCGAGAAGGCUGUCUUCGAUGUGGAGCAGAAGCAACUGGUUUUGAAGGAGCUCGCGGAGGGAGUGACGGUGGAGGAGGUCAAGUCGAUCACCGAUGCUCACUUCAAGGUAUGUGAUGGUCUUAAGAAGAUGCCGCUUGCCAGCAUCCCGAACUGA